GCCAUUCAGAGAAUGCGUUCCUGGGGGUCUACUCUUAUUCAACGAAACGAAACUUCGAUAUCGAACGAAAUUCAAACGAAGUUUCGUUAGUGACCCUACUCUAUUUCAUUUUCGGAUGCGCAUACGAAGUUCGGAACCAUAGACAAUUUUCGUGAACGAAUGAAAUCUAUAAUAUUGUGUGGGGCUUUUAUGAUGUCGACUAAACUAAGUUACGGUUUUUACUUUAACUUGAAAUUAUUAAACUUUUCAGCUUUACUUAUUCAUGUAACAUUAUAAAUGUGAUUCAUUACAUAUUUCUUGUAAUAUUCAUGCAAACAAUUUAAACUUUUACAUAAAAAAUAUAUUUUCAACUACUUUCGACUCGACACUAUAAAAAACCCUUUGACAGUCAUUGCUAACCAACUAAUUUGAAGAGUACUAUUUCAUACCAAAAAUGGGUUAUCACGUAUGACAACCAAAAAUAGCUGCAUAAUACAAUCUAAUCAUAACAUGUCAACUUACAAUUUUUUGUUUGAAUACUUUGUAAAGUUUUCUGGAGUGUGUUUCUCAAGUGUCGUAUUAAAUAAAUCAUGUUUCCAAGUGCGUUUAUACAAAGGUACGCGUUCCUUAAGGAAGUAUUAUGUCGUACUUUACUACAGACCUACUUCUACGUACGACGUCUGCUGUAUUUUGGUUCGCAACAAGUUUUGUUUUGGAUUUAAAAACUUUGUAAGUAGAUAUCAUAUUAUACAAAUGUAAUAUUUGGUUUUGCUCUAGCACCAUUGCCUUUUCUAAUAAUAAGCAUUUAUAUUUUCAGUUUAAAAUGGCUCCACAAACGGGUUCGGCAACUCCUGAACAAAUAGAAACCCUUCUCAAUUUCCUGGACGAACACAGAGAUUUAGCUCGCGGGAGAUUGAGAGGUAGUGACGGGAGUGCCCACGCAAAGAGGCUGUGGGAAGAAUUGUGUAACAAUCUUAAUUCGAUGGGUGGUUGCACUAAAACUGUUCAACAGUGGCAAAAGGUAUGGUUUGAUCGCAAACAUCUCGCGAAGAAAGCUGCUGCUGAUUCUCGGAGGUUGGCUUCAGCGACUGGAGGUGGUCCAUUGACGGCACCCCAACUGUCCCAAUGGCAGUUGAAAAUACUGUCAAUAAUGGGAUUUGGGUUUGGUGAUCGCCAAACAGGUGCCAGAGUGCCAGCCUUUAUGGAGAUCAAUGAACCAAUUCCAUCAACCUCCAGUCAAACAAGCCAUCCUGUGAGAAUUCCACAGCCCUUUGAUGACAAUCCAGAGGAAUUUCUAGAGUAUGUGGAACCCAGCCAGGAAGAUAGGCAGCUGUCACAACCUGAGAGUCCAGCUGUAACAGCUGCCUAUGUACCACCACCAUUCACACAAGAAUGCCCAACGUUCACACCUUCCUCACGACGUACACGCUCUACAAGGAGACGAUCUGCCAGCACAGAUGUAAGAAGCAGAUUAUAUCAGUAUGAAGAGGAGCGUGCACAGAGAGAGACGGUGACAAACGCAGAGCUUGCAGGCAUCAGGGGUGAAUUGGCAGGCAUCAGUGCUACCCUGUUGCAGCUGCAUAAUACAAUAAAGGAAUAUGUAGAUAGGAAUUAAGAUUUUGUUAGUGUUUUGUUAUUAAUUUGUUAUGUUUACAUAGGAUUAAUGAUUAUUAUAUUUAUUUUAAGGAUUAUUAUAAGCGAGGACUUUUAAUUGGCUCUGUGUCGACUAUGACUUCCUUUUAUUGUUUAGUUUUUGUUUAUCUGUAAGUUCUCCAUAGUGUACUAAAUAAAUAAAUAAAUAAAAUAAAGUAAAUAAAACUUUA